UUAUGGGGAACCCCUGUGGUUUUAACAGUACAUGAAGGAUGGAUGUUUUUCUUUUGAGAACUGGGACAUCUAGUAAAUAGUCACACCAACUCAGGAGGUCAUAAGUGUUUAGUAUGAUGAUGUGGUGGACUGGAGCAGUACUUUUUCUUGCUAUUAUGCAUGUGAUGGCAGAUGAUCUCAUGGUUUUCACUGAAGAACCUGUUUCUGCCACUUUGAACUCUCAAGAAAUGGAAGGAUUUCAUAAACAUUUCAGAAAGCAUUCCCAUAGGAUAAAUGACAGAUCAGGUACUGGGAGCAGCUCAUGUGUCUGUAUAUCUACCUCUAACUGCCAGACUAUACCAGCAACAGAUGGGUCAGGAGUCAUCGACAUUCGAAUUGUGACAACGCCGCCAUCUGGUGUGACAUGUACACAGCCUCUUGUAUACUGCUGCUACACCAACCAGCCACGAACAUACACAUGUGGGACUAGAACUCCAAUUCCCCUUGCAAAUAUAAAGUUGAAAACAGGACAGGCAAUGUUUGCUGAAUUCCCAUGGUCAGCAAUAAUUCUAGGACCUGAAAAUGACUACAUUGGAGGAGGCGUACUUGUGGCUCCUCACCAUGUCCUCACUGCAGCACACAAAGUGGUGUCAUAUGUGAACUGUCCAGGUGUGAAGAUACGUCUGGGAGACUGGGACAUUACAAGGAACAUAGAACCAUAUAGUUAUCAAGACUAUGAAAUCUCUAGUGUCUACAUUCACCCACAAUUCAAUUCUGCUAAUCUGCAGAAUGACAUUGCUAUCAUUAAACUGUCCCAACCAGUACCACUGGGGGUAUAUCCUAACAUAAACCCAGCUUGCCUGGCACAACAAAAUGCUGUUUUUACAGGGGAGAGGUGCACUGUAGCCGGAUGGGGCAAGGAUGCAUUCGGUCCUAACGGCCAGUACCAGAGUAUACAGAGAGAGGCAAGGCUUCCAGUACUCAGAUGGGCAGACUGUCAAGAUAAGUUACAGGUCACACGUCUCGGUUCACAGUUCCAAUUCAACCCCACCAGUUUCAUUUGUGCAGGCGGAGAAGAAGGCUAUGAUGCUUGCACAGGUGAUGGAGGCUCGGCACUGGUGUGUGAAAUGAAGGGCCAGUAUUAUGUUGCAGGCAUUGUUGCUUGGGGCAUUGGAUGUGCAGACAAAGGUGUUCCUGGAGUGUACGUCAAUGUACCGAGCUACAUGAACUGGAUCAGUCAGAAAAUAUCAGGAACCUAGUUUUACCUGAAACAGUUCAGAAUUGCUCAAAUUACAAAGUAUUUAGCCUUCAACGGCAUCUUUGGUGUUCACACACAAAUAUAUAUUAUACAGUGAAAUCUCAUUAAAGAGUAAUUUUCAGUAUGUAAUAAAUGUUAACAUAAGUCUCCUAGAGACAUGUAAGCUUACCCCAUUAUGUGAAAAGAGAAUCUUAAUUAAUCAUGCUUCAUUUUAUCUCUCAUGCAACUGUUCUUACCUUGAUAUUAUACAUAAUACUCUAAAAUUAUGUCUCUAUGUUCAGUGCAACAUAAAAAAUAAUUCCAGACACUAGAAAAUCUUAUACACUUUUAUUUUCAAACAGCUUGGAAAGUGACUUCAUUUCCAAAAUAAUAGGGCUUCAUUUGACACAUUUCCAAGGUAUAAUGCAUAGUAUGUUAAAAACAAACAGUUCACCAUGUUAUUUUACUAUUAGCAUGGUGACCCUUUUGAACACACAAUUAUUUUGUUUCACUUUUGAAUGUAAAAGCAUUGAAAUUUAUAAAUUCAAAAGUAUUCUUUAGUAUGAGCAAGGCAAAACCAGUUUCUGCUCCAAAGAAAUACAAACCUAAUGCAGGGUUUCCACCAGAUAAAAUUAUACAUUUUAUACAAAAAUAGUACCAAGACAGCAUGCAAGACAAAUCACCACAACUUCCAAUCUAUACACCACACACUGUGAACACAAACUAAUUGUUCAUAAAGCACUCAUCUGUUCUCUUGAAGCAUUGUGUUAACUUUAUUUGUAUGGAAUAAAUAAAAAUGUCUUUCACAUUGUGAAACAUCA